AUGUUUAUAUUAAAGAACAUGGCACUUCAGUAUUCUUACUAUUUAAAAGUAAAGUGAAAAGAUGCUAGGAUUUAGAAACAUUUUCUCAUUGGCUGAUAUGUAAGAGGUGGUACCUGCAAGGCCAGAAAAGGAGUGCCUUUCCAUAUAGAGUAAGUCCCUGACAGUGAUACAAUGACCAAUAUAAAUGUCAGAAGAGCAGACAGAAAGCAAAGGAAGCACCAAAGGCUUAGUUAGGGUUCAGCAGCUGUAAAAGCAAAAAAAAAAAAAAGAAAGAAAGAAAGAAAGAAAAUAAGAAAGAAAAAGAAAAAAAGAAAGUAGCCAGAACACAGACCUCAAGAUGGACAAAUUUAAGGCUGCUCUGCUCCUGGGGUGUGUGGGAGAUGCUCUUGGUUAUAGGAACAUCAGUCGGGAAAACAGUGUGUUAGGCCCCCAAAUCCAGGAGGAAUUGAAAGAACUUGGAGGACUAGAGAAACUUGUGCUUUCAACAGAAAAAUGGCCAGUGAGUGACAACACCUUCAUGCAUGUGGCAACAGCAGAGGCUCUCACUACAGACUACUGGUGCCUGGAUGACCUUUACCGAGAGAUGGUAAAGCGUUAUGUUGAAAUCGUAGAAAAACUUCCCGGGCGGAGGCCAGAUCCAGCUACUACGGAAGGUUGUUUACAACUGAAGCCGGAUAACUACUUGCUCGCUUGGCACACCCCUUUUAAUGAAAAGGGUUCAGGAUUUGGAGCUGCCACCAAAGCCAUGAGCAUCGGUAUGAGAUACUGGAAGCCUGAGAGGUUGGAGACACUCAUUGAAGUAAGCAUUGAGUGUGGGCGAAUGACCCACAAUCAUCCAACAGGUUUUCUGGGGUCCUUAUGUACAGCUCUCUUUGUUUCUUAUGCCAUCCAAGGAAAACCACUUGUACAGUGGGGGAGAGAUAUGAUGAAGGUAAUACCAAUGGCUGAAGAAUUCUGUAAAAAGACAAUUCGACAUAUGGCAGAAUACCAGGAACACUGGUUUUACUUUGAAGCCAAGUGGCAGUUUUAUCUGGAGGAGAGGAAAAUUGCUGAAGACCAAGAUAAUAAAGUCACUUUUCCUGAACGUUAUGAUGCAGAGGAGAGAGACAAGACUUACAGAAAAUGGAGUUCAGAAGGUCGAGGGGGAAGAAGGGGCCACGAUGCUCCAAUGAUUGCAUAUGAUGCUCUUCUGGGAGCAGGUGACAAUUGGACAGAGCUCUGUAACCGGGCUAUGUUUCAUGGAGGUGAAAGCGCAGCUACUGGAUCUAUUGCUGGAUGUUUAUAUGGCUUGCUCUAUGGCCUGGACAAUAUUCCCAAAGGCUUGUACCAGGACCUCGAACACAAAGAGAAGCUUGAGAAUUUGGGAGAAGCACUUUACCGCAUAUCCACAGAAGAAAACAACAAAAAUGUCAAGGCUUGCAUUGAUAAGACACCAAUCGAUCCAGUGGCACUGAAAAAGAAGAUAAAUAGGAUGACCUCUGAUCCUGGGGUAUUUGCCAUCCUUAGCACUUUACUGCUCUAUAUCACAGAUCGUGAUGAUGGAUCUCCCCAGGUGCCCCCUAAGAAGGCCAAAUGGGCAGAAAACAAAGAGAACAAAAGAGAUAGUAACUCAGAUCAGGAUCCCAACAGCUAUAGGCGGCCUACCAAGUUCCAGCUUCUACAAUCCAAGUUCAUGAACCCAAACCGUGAGCCCUACAUCAAAAAGACAAGGGAGGUAGGGAGACUGAUAUUUAAAGAUAGACAAGGGACUAACAGGAGCUUUGUGAACAACACCAUUAACAAGCUCCUAGAAAGAACCAAGGAGAAAACAGGAGAGAACAAAAAGCCAUCCCCCCUUGAGAAAUCCAGAUGGGUUAAUCCCACCGGGAAGAGCACAGUGAAAAACAUUCUGAAGAUGUUCCUAGCAGCAGAGGAGAAGGAAGCAAAAGAGAAAGAAGCAAGAGAGAAUCCUCCUGUCAGGAAGCCGAGAGCACCCAAUGGGGUUUUGCCAAAGAUCGUGGGCAAAAAGAAUUCAGUCUUUUCCAAACUCAAGGAGAAAUUCGAACAAAGUGGUACACUUUGCUCAGAGGCAAAUGUGUUGCUUCUGCGUAAAGAGGACAGGAAGAAAAAAAUUCUGCAAAAGAAAAAGAUGCACAAGCCAGAAAUCCGGAUACUACAGCUGGCCACAAUGGCUAGCAACAAUAUAAAGACCCCAUUGGCUCAAUAUUUGGCCUGCACAGCUGAGCCCAUACCUUCUUUCAGCCUUGCCACUGUAAUCAGCAGCCCUUUCAGUUGGAUGUCACACAGCACUAAAAUUAGUCGGUCUUAUUUUCAGACUGCUCCCAGGAGAGAAACAAGCAAAUCUUUCAGCCCCCAACUUAUUAAAUCUGAUGAGACUAAAAUACCAGAAAAUGUGUCACUAGACAGAGAGAAGAAAGGGCAGCUAGAAAACAUGCAAUAUUUGAUGCCCAAGGUCAUGACUAAUCAAGGGGAGCUGGUUGAGUCAAAAAUAGCUGGCUACAAUGCUGGACCUGAUUUUCUUCCUAUAAUAGAUUCCUCUCCUGCUUUAUGUGAAGACAAAAGCCUUGUAACCUGCCCUCCCAUUAUAUCCCCACACAGUCCAUGCAUGCAAGGGGUUGCUGGAUUAGCUGGACCUGAUGAGAUUUUAGCUUUGAUGGGAGAGAACACACCAGAGAACUCAUGGGAAGUCAGCCCACAUGUCAAUUUAGCUCAUCCCAGUGCCACUAGGCAGGAUAUAUCACCUGGAAGCCUCCAGGGUGUGGAAGUAGGGGAAAUUCCUGAAAUUACCAUGAGUAUCUCUAGUUCAGAGGAGGAACCUGAAAUAAUAACCCCAGACUCAGAAAGAGAGCCCCUGUUUGCAACCCAAAAAUACUUCACAGAGCAGAAAGCAUCAGAAAAUAUUCCAUCAUUUCACUCUCCUGCUGUGGAGGCUUCCCGUAUGAUCCAGUCUACAAUUGACCCCCCACAAGUAACAAUUCAUCUGCCAAUUGUUUACAAAAUGCCACCCCUUCCUAGCACUCAACAAAAUGCUUCCAGUUUUGAAGGUGAUCGUUCACAUGUGCUUGAAGGAAAGAGGGACAAACAACAAUUAUCCCCUAUUGAAUACAAAAAUGAUGAUCAAGAUACAGUUAUACUCAGCAGUCUAGUUAAAAAUCCAACUCAAGUCUCUAUUUCCUCCAAGCAAAAUGACCAAGACAUUCAAGAACUACAAGCAGAACCAUUGAGUGAUAUGUUUAAUUUCAACCCUAAGCCCCCAGCUACCAUUCUGAACCAGAAACUUUCAGAAAAUGACACUGGAGAAGAGAACAAGUCUGCCUUUAAAAGACCCCCUAUUCAUCAGCAGAAUGAUUUCACGAAUCACGAAAGUGAUUUUGGAAGAAAGAGCAAUACUUAUCUUCACUCCGAGAAACAUCAGUUAUCUGAAUCAAACAAGAAACCCGAGCUUAAAAAGAGCCCCUCAGUUGAGAGAAAUAGUGCAUGCAACACUAGUCCGCGGCCAGUGCCAUCCAGUGACUCGAUGAAGUCUGAAAACCAUGCUCAGAAGCACAGGGAAAGCUCGUGUAACCUGGAAGAAUCUGAAGUGCCUUCAUUAAAGGACUCUGCUCAUACCCUAAACAUAACUAAAGGAAAUGUUAAUCACACUGUUGGCAAGUACAAAUGGAACUCAUCAACUGACAUGUCCCAACCUAGCAACGAUGCUGCCCCGGAGAAGGCUGUAGGGAACAAUAAGAAACAGGCAGUGCUGUCACUAAGUGACACCCCAAACACAGAAAAUAAUAUUACAGGAGAAAUAAAUCCCUUAAGCAACUACAAGGAAAAAGAACCAUCAACAAAUCAUUUUGUGGCACAUGGAAAUUACCUUGUAGAAGAGAAUUGCUCUCAUAAACCUGAGAGACUCCAAUUAUUAGCAUCAAAUGAACCAGAAAAGCAUGAAAACAGUAUAGCAACAGAAAGGAGUCUCUUGAAUAACAAUGAAAAAUACCAAAUUGCGGCACCAAAGUCCCUUUUUACACCUGAUAAUGGUUCCAUGGAAGACAAUACUCAUCAUAAGCUUGACACACACCAAUUAUCAAUUUUAAGUGAAAUGGCAAAGUGCAAAACCAGUGCCUCCAUGGAAAGGAAUAAUUUGGAAGAAAUUGAAAAAAGCCACACGCCAACAUUGAAUUGUUCCAAGACACAGGAAGACAGUACAACAAUGAAAGAACAUAUCUUGGGUGAUUCUGAAAAGAAACAAAUUACAACAUCAGAGUAUGACAUAGCACAGGAAAGCAAGUCAAGAAAAGAAAAGACUUUAUUGAGUGAUGUUGAAAAUAACCGAAUUCCGGCAUCCCAUCAUUCCAUGAUUCAGGAAAAUAGUGCAAAAGAGAAUAUUUGCCAUCAUUUAGAUAAGGAGCAGUUAACUUCUGAUGAAUUGACAAAGGGAAAAAGCAAUACUGAAUCAAUGAGACUUUCUAUUGGCACAGAGAAGAGCUUUGUUGUGGAGAAUUGUCAAUCCCCAUUAUCAAAAGUGGGAGUGAAACAAGUAAAUGUUGGUCCUGAAAAAAAGAAAAAUAAUCUGGACAAGUACCAAUUACCUUUGACUAAUACAUUUACAAAGCAUGAACUUGAGAUUCCAGAGGAAGAUAACUCCAAGUUUAAUUGUGAAGAAUACCAAUUAUCCCUGGAAAAUGUGGGAAGACAGGAGGAACAUCCCAUGAUCCAAAAGAACAGUAAUUUGAGUAACCUGAGAAUGUCCCAGAUGCCACCAUCAGAUGAUACUGGGCUGAAGGAAAUCAAAUCCACAAGUCAAAAGGCUACCAUAAACAUUGCUGAAAAGCAUCAGAUACAGUCAUCAAAUGAUUUGGUAGGACUUGAAAACCUUUCUGGUUUAAUGAAGGAUGCCUGCCAAAACUUAGAAAAGGACCUGUCACAUUUGCCAAAUGAGGUGACAAAGCAUGAAAAUAGUCCAGUCCAGAAAGGUGACACUCAAGCGGAGAAAAACCAGUCAGCAUCUCCAAAGAAUGUUGAUAAGUCUUUAAACAAAAAUUCUGUAGAACAAAUAAAAUCUAUCUCAAAAUUACAAUUCAAAAACAAAAAAACAAAAAAUGAUUUGGAGAAGACUAUUAACACUACAGAUAAAAAAGAUACUUUUGACAGCAGUGAGAAAUCCCAAAGGCCAUCUACAAAUGAUGUGAGAAAGAAAGAAAACACUAUCUUAAAGUCAAAAAGCACUCAACAAAUCACGAAAAAGGCCAGUGUAUCUUCCCCUGAACCUUUAGAGAAAUCUGACUCGAUUUGUAUUGAAGUUAAAACACCACACCCUGAUUCCAAGAAAUCUCAAAUCCCAUUAUUCAGUGGCCCAGAGAAGCGUGAAAGUAAUCAUGAAGAAGAGAAGGAAAUUUGUGGCAGAAGAGAUAAGUUGAAAGAACCCAAAGAGCAAGCUAGGUUAGCUUCAUUUGCUAAAUACAAAGCCCAAAGUUUCAGUGACCAAGCCUCCUUUGAUUUAUCAUUUAAACCAAUGACUGUUAGAGCAAAUGAUACAUUUAAACUCCCUAAAUAAGAUUAAUUAGCACUUUACAUAUCAUGAGCUAUUGCAUUAUACACUCCUAUUUUAUCGGAUAUUUUUCUUACCAUCUCUAAAUUAUUACAAGAUCUCAUCCCGACUUCCACAUAUGGAAUUGUUUGAUUGUAUUUCUUUCCUAUUCUGUUUUACGUAAAAUGUAUAUUAAAAGAGUUGAAGCUAGGAAGAACUUAGUAAUGAAGAGAUAUCUUUACACUGGAAUGCAUUAUUAAGGAAGAUUGUGAAAAAAAUCCUCUUUCCUUCGUAAAACAAGUUGCAGACACAGAUUUUUCCAGAACUACCUCAAUAGCUCCACUUUUAGACUAUGGAAGCAGUUGGCCAUCUUGCUAGAUACCCAGAGAAUACGGCCACUGGCAGAUGUCCAGAUUUGUCUGACACAAAAUGGUGGACAAAGCAAUGUGCCAACCAAGAAGCUGUGAGGCAAAAUAAAAACCAAUGAUGGGAAUGCACAUGAUUUUUUUCUCCAAACUAUGCAACUUCAGCCAUUCCCCAUCCCUACCCCAAACCGGAACACACAUAUCAUGAAAGAAAGGUAGAGAGCUUUAAUUAACUAUACUGGCUGUCUGGGAUCAGUUUGCACCAAAUGCUUUUGGCAAGCACAAACUUGGAUUUGUGGAAAGAAUGGCUCCUGUUAAAAGCAUCAGCACUGAGA